AUGCCUGCCCCCGUCUCCCACCCGCCGCGCUUCCCCUCCUACUCCCCCCCUGCCCUCCUCGCCUUCCAGUUCUCCCACUGGUACCCCCGCUUCGCCCCCGCCUCCAUCAAGUCCACCGUCGUCCGUCCCCUGUCGCCUGCCUUCCGCCAGUACCUCGACUCAGAUGGAGUCUUCGUGCCCGACGGCGCCGAAGACAUUCCAGCACAAAGCACCCUUUCUGAUCGAGAAUCCGACGACGACGACGACGACGAUACUCAACGCCCGCGCUAUACAUUUCCCGAGCUGGACGCACGGAUCCGGGCCGCGGUUGCGGACUACGGCGCGGUGUUUCCCAAGCUCAACUUUUCAUCUCCAAGAGACGCCGCGUGGAUGUUGCCCGCAUCAUCACCGCUGAAAUGCAUCACGCCCGCAGACGUCUAUUUGCUCCUGAAGUCAUCGGACUUUGUCCAGCACGAUCUGGAGUUGGAGUAUGUCUUCGACGGCUGUGAGCCCCCAUACAGCGCGGCGGAACACGGCCCAUACGAGCUCGAACUCGUUCUCCGCAAGUGGUAUCCUGUUGAUCGCGCGCGAGAGCUGCGGUGCUUUGUGCGCCAGGAAGUGCUCGUAGGCAUCUCCCAACGGGACCCCAACUUCUAUGAGUUCUGGAACGAGCCUGAGACCCAACAAAAAGUAAUCGCCGCCGUCACCACCUUCUGGGAGUCCAAUAUCAAGGGCAGAUGGGAGGAAACCCAAGGCGACUACGUCUUCGACUUUCUCCUCACCCGCGACCUCGACCGCGGGCACGUCGUCGACUUCAACCCCUACGCGCCCCGCACGGACCCGCUUCUGUUCACGUACGCGGACCUCCACACGCGCCUCCUCGCCCGCGUGGGCUGCCCCGAGCUCCGCGUGGUCGACUCGCCCGCGCACCUUGCCGCGACGCGCAAUGCGCCCGCGCACCAGCACAACAUGGUCCCGCUCGAGGCGCUCGCGAUGAGCAGCGGCCGGGACGCAGCCGCGUUCGCCGGCGCGUGGGAGGAGGAAAUCAAGCGGAGCAUGGCCGAGGGGAGUGAGGACGAGGACGAGGACAGGACGCGCCGGAAGCCGAGGCUGGGGCUUCUCCUCUAG